AUCAUGAAUUAGGGUUUUCAUUGUUACUACCAUUAGAUUAAGAUACAAUGCUUAAAAUAGCACUCUCCAGUUGAGACUAAAGCUCAAGUUGCGAAUAGAUUGAACUGCAACCACUGCUUGCUUCUCUUCCUAUCUUUCUCCGACGAUAAUCGAUCUAUUCUUUUCAUGUACCAUUCAUGUAGUUGAUGCUCUUUGGUGUUGGAACGGCAAGGUCAUUUUGUUUUAAAGGAAUAUAUACUAAAUCUACUGUUAUAGUUGGUUAUAUUUUCAGUACAAGAAGUUUUAGUACGAUGAACGAAGUUGGAAUUGAUAGUGCCUCUAGUUUGCUUACAGUGGAAUCUGUGGGAGAGGUUCCUGUUCUGCGUCCUGUGUCAGUGAGAGCAAAAUGUUCUUCAAAUGUUCAAUCAACCCCAGAAAUUGAAAAGAAGUAUGUCCAUGGUGUUUAUGAUGCCAUUGCUCCCCAUUUCAGUUCCACUCGGUUUGCGAAGUGGCCUAAAGUGUCAGCUUUCCUAAGCUCAUUAUCUCCCGGUUCUCUCAUCUUAGAUGCUGGAUGUGGAAAUGGGAAAUACUUAGGAUUAAAUCCUGAUUGUUUCUUCAUUGGCUGUGACAUUAGUGCGGCUCUUAUUAAUAUAUGUGCAGAUAAAGAGCAGGAAGUUUUGGUUGCAGAUGCUGUGAACCUACCAUAUAGGACUGGUUAUGGUGAUGCAGCAAUUUCUAUUGCUGUGUUGCAUCACCUUAGUACUGAAAGUAGGAGGAGGAAAGCGGUAGAGGAGCUUGUCCGUGUUGUUAAAAAGGGCGGGUGUGUUUUAAUUACUGUCUGGGCUAGGGAGCAAGAAGACAGUUCGUUAAUUGAAAAGUGGACUCCACUUAACCAAAGGUAUGUAGAGGAAUGGAUAGGACCAGGGAGUCCUCGAGUUCGCAACCCUUCAUCUCCUCGCAUCCUUGAAAGCAUCCCAGAAGCAGAGGAAAAUAGUGCCGGGGAGCAGUUGAAAGGUCUACAUGCAAACUCUUCUAAAGUAAAAUCAGCUGAAGUUAUGCACCCAACAUCUCUGGAUGAAGGUCAUUCUUUGCCUACAGGAUCUGAAAAAGAUUAUCCAAAGCAGCAGGAAUUUUUCGUUCCCUGGCACUUACCUUAUCAUCGAGCUGAAGUAAGUGGGGCUUCAGCUGUUGCCUUGGCUAGUGGUUUGGCAAAGAAAGAUGAUAAGAAGGGCUCUGUGGUAUACAAUAGAUAUUACCAUGUUUUUAGUGAAGGUGAACUUGAGAGGUUGGUGUCUGGUUUGGACAAUGCCAUUCUUGUUGAUAGAUUCUACGAUAAAUCAAAUUGGUGCAUCAUUCUUGAGAAAACAUCGUGAUAGUGUUGAACUUUUGAGAAGAUUCUUGUACUUCCAUUUGCAAAGUGAAAUCUAGUAUAUGAAGUCAACAACCCUAGUUAUGAAAGGGUGGUAUUGUCUUUCAUGCAAGGAGUAUAUUGCUACUGAUUAUGGAGAAACAGAAAUAUACGUCUAGUCCUUCAUUCUCCGCUGCUCGCCUGGUUGCAUGUAUCUCUCAUCCUCAUGUGAUCGCCUGCCUUCUUGUGUUAUGUAUGACACUGUCUUGUAAAAUGCAAUUAUUUUUAUGACUUUGGAGACAGACCUGAGAACAAGGGUUUGAUAUCCAAGUUACUUCAGUUUUGGGAGAUAGCAUUUUCUUGAAUAAAUUUAUGGCUGUGUUUUUAUGGUACUGAAUACAUUUCACAGCGCCUCC